AUGGGCGAACUUUUGGGAAGGGCUUAUCUCAAAAGUCAGACUGGAGAAAUCGCCGUAAAAGGAUUCCGCGUUACUGGAAUUUUUCCGAUUAACAGGAAUAUUUUUUCCGAAGUGGACUUUCUUGCAGCCGAAAUAGAAAAAGGAACAGAACACUGUACCGCUGAAAAUGACUUCGAUCAGAGCACACUGGGCACAUCUCAAUCAGAUCUAGAGCCUCCUAGUCUAGACAACGUUCAACCCGGGCCAAGUGGUAAAUUUCAAUCUGAUGUAGAGCUACUCAAUCACGACAGCGUUCAGCCUGGGCCAUCUGGGAUCAAAAAAAAAAUGGUGACUCCCUUCGAUAUUUCACCAGUUCCGAUCUUAAAAAAAAAAACAAGUAAUAGGGGUAGGAAAGCAUCACAAGCAGCAGUAAUUACUUCGUCCCCUUACAAAGAUGAAUUAUUGUUGAGCACUGCCAAUAAAAAUAAACAAAAGAUUAAAUCUAUUAAAAAAAAGGUGUUUUCUCAAUCAACCAAAAAGAGAUCGUCCAUAUCUUCGAAGGAGAAUAAAAAGCAGCAAUCUUUAGGAGAAUCUGAAAGUGAUGACGAUGAAACAGAGCUGAUGUUAGCAGAUGAUGACUUAGAUUUGGAUGAUCUGCCUGGACAAAAGGAACCAGAUGAUUUAGAUGCGGAAUGCAUCUUUUGUGAAAGUAAAUUUUCCGAAGACCGCAAAGGAGAACUAUGGGUUCAAUGUUUAAUGUGCAAUAUGUGGUGUCAUGUCGAUUGUGCAGGUGCUGAUAAAGAUGAUUAUGUUUGUGACUUUUGUCGCACUGGAUAA